CCAUAUCUCUGAGUAGGUAUUAUUUUCUCGGCCCUAUCGCCCCAAUAUAAUCUUCCAUAUGCCAUCUCACAUAGCAACUCUCCCCACGCUUUUAGUUGAUUUACCCUUUUUAAUGAACCCUUGGCUUUCUCAUCAUAAUACAUUCUUAGACUGAGUAGCCUAAGUUGAUCUUUCAAUACUACUCAUAUUUUAUCUAACCGUCCUCCCACCUUUCCAAGUUGUCUCUUCGACUUGGCCCCUCAACCCUUCUUGAAUCUGUCAACAUACAUACACUACACACGCCUUACUACACAUCUUUCAGCAUGAUGCCAACACUCAUGGGGGCAAAUAUGCCCCAGGCUUUUCCUCAACUUUUCCCAUCAGAGCCUACUUUUGCUGAGCUUUCACAACAACUUGCUAUGUCCGAUUCGAUGCGAAGGAUAUCUCGCAGUUCUACCACACAACGAACGCCGGGGAGUAUGCGUAUUAUGAAGCCCACCAGUGCCAACAACAGCCCACAAGCUAUGAUGGCACGCCGGAGGACUAUGAUGAACGACAACACUCUUGCUCGACGACGUCAACAGGCUUUUGACCAAGCCGUUCUGCAACAGAUGCAAGAGCCAGUAUCUUAUUCGACUCCAGAAGAUCCAGUUAAAAGAAGUAACCGUCCGGUUAGCUGGCAUCCGACCUCACAUCUUCAACAACCACAUAUGCACAUACCUAUGCCUCAGCCAGACUUCUCACAAUAUGUCAUACCUGCACCAAUGCCAUAUAACCAAGGAGAUAUUUACUCUGGAUAUCAAAACCUACCUCCAACUCCCGCAGUUUACUCUGGACAGACUUCACCCAUGGCCACCGUAUCGCCAUUGUGCCUACCAUAUUCAACAACUACUCAACAUCAACCUACGCCAGCAUACAUAUCACAACCGCAGGAGACGUGGAUCCCUACGCAGCAGUACGUCCCCGAAUCUUACGCGGUAAAUGGGAGCCCUGGGGAGUCAGAGCCUUUCCCAGCAUUUACGGAUCAAACAUCACUCAACUGGGAUUGCUUGGCUGCUCAUGGAUUUAAUGUUUGCACGGCACCCCCGACGCCGGACGAAUUCCAGCCCGUCCAGCAACAGGAACCAGCGGUUCCUCCUGAGGAGUCGAUACCGUAUCAACCGCUUGAAGAGCCAGAGGAGGAAGGAGAAAUAUUAGUUGGCAUGGGUCUAUAUGACCCACCAAGCAAGACGGAUACGGAUCCGGAACUGGACAACUACCGAACAACUACUUCGCAAUUCUUAGACACGACCUACAGGGGAAGAGGUCAAGGAUGGAAAUUAGAGGAAGCUUGGGAACCACCAGCAUCAGAUGACGAAGAAGAUGGCGAAGGAGACGACGAGGAAGAGGAAGAAGACCAGACGGAAGAGAAGGCAGAGAAGGAUAAGAAAUCCGAGUCAACCACGGCCGAAGAGAAUUGGAUAUAAAUCCAGUGAUGUCUUCCAGGAAACAUUACCCAUUACUCUGCUAGACAGUGCAUAGGGAAGGACAUUUGGGGCCCAUGAGUACUAUCUAAGUCUUAGGAAGAGGAUAUGCAUGCUUUUGUCUAAGCAGCUAUUACGAAGAGAAAGAAAAAAAGUCUUGAUAAUUGGAUUAAAAGUAGAUAGAUAUUAACUUCAUAUGAAGUACU